UCCUCGAAACAAUAAGAACAGAGAUAAGUUUCUCUCACUUCCUUCCAAACGAAUAAAGGGCAAAAGAAAAGAAAAUUGCAAAUUAAGGUAAAAAAGAAAAGCAAAUCAAAUGGAAGCAAAGAUCAGCAAGUUCUUCGAUUCGGUCGGCUCAUUUUUCACCGGCGGGGAUCAGAUCCCAUGGUGCGACCACGACAUCAUAUUGGGGUGUGAGAGAGAAGUUGCAGAAGCAGCAAAAGGAGAGUCAGAGGAAUUGAAAAAUGAGAGUAUAAUGAGGUUAUCAUGGGCUCUUGUUCACUCUAAACGACCUGAAGAUGUGCAGCGUGGAAUUGCUAUGCUUGAAGCAUCAUUAGGCAAUAGUAGCUCCCCUUUGCAACAGCGGGAGAAGGUAUAUCUUCUAGCUGUUGGAUAUUACAGAAGUGGUGAUUAUUCAAGGAGCCGACAGCUUGUGGAGCAAUGUUUGGCGGUUGCACCUGAUUGGAGGCAGGCUCUGGUCCUCAAGAAGACAAUUGAAGAUCGCAUUGCUAAAGAUGGUGUUAUUGGAAUAGGCAUUACUGCUACCGCCGUGGGACUCAUAGCUGGUGGAAUUGCUGCAGCAAUUGCACGCAAGAAAUGAUAUUUUCCGAGCAUAAGAACAUGCUUUCUAUACAAUGCUGCUGCUUUUAUUGUUUCCAGCUCUUUUUUGGGUGAUUUUGUGAAAUAUGGCACUUCGUAAUAGCUUCGUAGAAUUUUCUAUAACAAUGGCCUUCAAUAUUUCAAUGGAUUUCAUCUAUCGUCCAGGUUACAGGGAACUGUCAUUCCACGUUGUGGAUUAUAUACUCAGGUUCAAUCUAGGGCUAGGUAUUAUUUUUUUUCUCUUUACCUGUCUUGCCAAUAAAUAAAUAAAUAAAGUUUUCUUACUGUAUACUUUCUA